AUGACACCCAUCAAAGGCCCCGGAGCAGCCCAGACCCACGACGGAACUGGCCUGCGCGUCGCAAUUGUGCACGCGAGAUGGAAUGAGAAAAUCAUCGACGCGCUUGUCGCUGGCGCAAAGAAGCAGCUCUUGGCUGCUGGUGUGACGGAGGAGAAUAUCACUGUCGAGACUGUUCCCGGUAGUUAUGAAUUGCCUAUUGGUGUGCAGCGCCUCUACGCCGCCUCCCAAGUCCAAGCCUCCGCCGGCGAAGGCAUCAGCGCCUCCGACCUCCUCUCAUCCAGCACGACGGACCUAAAGUCGAGCCCGACCACCGCGCCGAAGAAGGCCUUCGACGCCAUCAUUGCCAUUGGUGUACUGAUUAAGGGAUCGACCAUGCAUUUCGAGUAUAUCGCCGACGCGGUUAGUCACGGACUCAUGCGGGUGCAGCUUGAUUCCGGAGUUCCCGUGAUCUUCGGCCUUUUGACUGUUCUCACUGAGGAGCAGGGUCUUGAGCGGGCGGGUCUGGUGGCUAGUAGUGGGAUGCAUAAUCAUGGUGAGGAUUGGGGCAGUGCGGCUGUUGAACUUGGCGUUAAGAGGAGGGAGUGGUUGGAGGGAAAGAUUAACUAA